GAAGAAAAAGAAGAAGAAACCCAACCCCUUUGAAUACUCUGAUCCGAUCCACAACUAACUCUAGAGGAAAAGCUUGGUAUAGCAAUGGCAUCCCAGGCGAGGGUAAGGGCAUCAGCGUCGAUAUGCAGCUCGGUGACGGACAGUGAGUUACACACAUUGGAGAUAAGCGACUACAGCCAGCACAGCGACCUCGGCGAUGGAGGAUACAUCUCCUCCACCAGGUUCACUGUGGGCGGCCAUGACUGGCGCAUCCGCUACUACCCUGACGGGAUCGGCAACGGGGAAGAUUGCAAAGAUUACGUUGGAGUACAACUGGAGCUCAUGAGCGAGUUCACCGAGGUGAGGCUGGCGUACGAGUUUAGGCUCGCUGACGACGACGACGACGUAGCCGCCAUCAAGUCAACCACUGUGUUAACAGCUGAAACUUCGUCCACCUGCGGAACUGACAAAUUCAAGAAGAAGAGCGAUCUGCCUAGGUACCUUCGGAACGAUUCCCUUAAGAUCCAAUGCUUUGUCACUGUUUUUAAGGAAUCACAGUUGAAGGAGGCUGCUGUCAGCUCUAAUCCCGUCGUCGACGUUCAAGUGCCGCCCUCAAACUUGUCAUCUCAUCUUGGAAAGCUGUUGUCCCCUGAACGGAAGGAUGGGGAUAUCAUGUUCAAGGUUAAAACUGAGGAGUUCCGUGCCCACAAGCUCAUCCUUGACAUUCGCUGUCCGGCCUUAAAAACUACUGCGGCUACUCAUACUCAGCCUCAUUUCGAUGGACAAACAAUAAUGAGGGACAGGAGGACUACUAGUGGUACUGAUAACAGCAGCACAGUUGUUGUUAUUCAAGACAUGGAGCCCAAGGAUUUCAAGGCUCUGCUUCACUUCAUCUACACAGAUUCAUUGCCGAAAGAACACAGAAAUAAUGAGGAAAUGGCGACAAACUUAUUGGCGGCAGCCGACAAAUAUGACCUGACAAGGAUGAAGUUGUAUUGUGGAAACAUCCUUUCCAAGAGGCCAACUGUUGACAGUGUGACAACCACUAUAGCCCAAGCUCACAAGCAUCAUUGCACGGAGUUGAAAGAUGCAUGCAUCAAAUUUAUCAACUCUUCUGAGAGAACAAGGGAUGAUGUACUCUCAAGUGAAGGGUACAAGGAACUCAAAGCCACCUGUCCUGAAGUUGCUCUAGAGAUACUGGAAAAUUCCGACAUAUUCAAGAAGGCAGUCGAAAGGCAACAAGACGUCCCUGAAGAACGAUCGGCAGGGAAUCACCGUGAAGCGAGGCGAGGUCAGGGUGUCUCCCGUCCACGAAAGUACUACCCCCGUAACGUGGCAACUACUCAUUGGAGCAGUGAUGAAGAAUGAAGAACGUCAACGAGUCUGUGUCCACACAGGGACCAGUCAGUCCCAACUUGCCCAUACAUAGGCGUUUGUUGUCCUUUAUCUCUCGGCUGUCAUUGUUGUUUCAUUAGUACUUGUAAACUGCUCUACUGCAGGUACCACCAUGCCCAACUUGCCUAUAGCUAUAGGUUGUUGGGCUCAAUUGUCCCUCGGCUAUCAUUGUUGUUUCAGCUGGCAUGUCGGCUGUCGUUGUUGUUUGAAGUUGUAAGAACGAGAAUGAGAGAAAGAAACAAUUGAACUAUCUUGCUUCCAUUGA